AUGCAUUCCUCUUCUAUCCUUCUUGUCGGAGCGCUGGCCGCUCAAGCAAUGUGCCUUACCGUCACGCCCUAUGGUACCAUCGUCCGACGAUAUACUGCCCCAUUGGUAGUUAUGGCUAUGCCAGCUAUCGGUAUGCCUUUGUUUGGCAGCGUUGAGAGUAGAGAGCCAGUGCCAGUUACCAACAGCAACACCAACAUCAACGACGGAGACUCUAGUAUUAGCAUCACCAAGAGCAAUGACCCAAACGCCGUCAAUACCAACAUUAACAACGGAAAGGUUAACGCCGGCAAUACUGGGAACGCCAACAACGGAAAGGCUAACGCCAACAAAGGAAAGGCUAACGCUGGCAAUACUGGGAACGCUAACAACGGCGUCACAAACAGCAACACCAACAUCAACGACGGAAACUCUAGCACUAGUAUCACUAAGAGCAAUGACCCAAACGCCGUCAAUACCAACGUUAACAACGGAAAAGUCAACUAG